UCCGCCACAUGCACAAUUAAGAGCUAGCUAGACAAGUCGUAUAAAAGCUAUAUACUUCUAUAAUUAUCUGGUCUGUCAUUGUCAUUGUCAGAUAUCUUAAAUGUGCUGAUAUAUAUCUCUACCAUAUCACACGUACACAACGUCCAGAUCUGAAUUUGAUAUGCCAGGACACAAAGUCUCUCUAGGCACAUCCAAAACUCCAGCACUAUUUGAUAAGUACCAGUGCCCCUACUGCAACCAUCUCCUGAAGGAUGCUGUGCAGCCAAUAUGUGGACACUGGCUGUGUGAAUGCUGUGCUGUUCAGCUGUUAGCAGAGAGCUUACCGAAAUGCCCCAAACUUGACUGUGAAGAGUUUCUGAAAUCGGACGAAGAAGGAGCUGAGUGUUUUCCUGAUCGAUUUGUGAGAAGGGAGAUUGAGGGGAUGAUUGUCGGUUGCCCUCACCAACAGAAGGGAUGCCAAUGGGAGGGCAGGCUGGCAAAAUUGGAAACUCAUCUCAAAGCGUGUGACUUUCUUUCAGAAGAAUGCAAUCUAUGUGGUGUUGUCUUGACUCCUGACCAAAUUGGAUCGCAUGGACGAGUUUGCCCUAAGGCAUUGAUGAAGUGUCCACUUGCUGAGUUUGGAUGCAGUUACACCCGCACGAUGACACGGGAAGAGCUAAAGCAACACGUUAAUGAUCAUGGAUUGGAGCAUCUUCAGAGCGUUGCUGAUGUAUUAAAGCUUGUUAGAUCGAAUCACCAAAGCGUUGAUAAUCUUGAUGAGAUGAUUGGUCAGAAUGUGCCCAUCUCACGAUGUGGCGAUCUUGUCGAGAAAGAUGGAGCUGGUAAAAAAGGACCUGUAAUUCAUGCUGUUGUUUCUGGUAGCAAUCGUAGCGAGGACCUCGGUUAUCACUCCUUGCAUGGUCAGACUAGAGGAAGAGUUGAAGACCAAGAAUUCUUAAAUACAACUGCUCUUGCAAAAAUUGCUAAGGAGCUCGAUACUAAAAUAUCUACCCAUUUUAGACGAAAAGAUGAGGAAAUUGCCACCCUUACAAAUACAGUGGUGAAAAUGGAGAAAGCAAUGCGAUCAAAACAUGCAGAGUUCGAAGAUAGAGAUUUUCGACUAUCCCUAAUUGAAAAUAGUAACCAUGACGGCACUAUGAUCUGGAAAAUUCCACAAUUCAGCCAGAGGAUGGCCGAUGCACAAUCAGGCAAAUACACAUCCAUCUUUAGCCUUCCAUUUUUUUCAGGACGAUAUGGCUAUAAAAUGUGUUUGAGGCUCUACAUUCUGGGAGACGGUAUUGGAAAAAACACGCACAUGUCGCUGUUCUUUGUGAUCAUGAAGGGAGAGUUUGACAACAUUCUCAAAUGGCCUUUCACAUCCAAGGUGACCUUCAAGCUGAUCAAUCAGAAAGGGAAUAGGGACAUCAUCGACACUUUCCAACCAGACCCCAUGAGCAGCUCAUUUCAGAAACCGAAGUCUGAUAUGAACAUUGCUUCAGGCUGUCCAAGGUUUGUGUCUCACACUGAACUGAAAAACCAAGGCUUUAUUGUUGAGGACACUGUAUUCAUUAAGUGUUCUAUUGCUCUGUGACUAUACAACCUUAAAGUAUGCCCUUUCAGUGCCAGUAUUAUGCAUUUGGAGUUUGAGUUUGAGUUUGAGUUUGUGCUUGCUGUUUUGUUUACAAAAUCUGUACACACACUUCCAUGUUUGGAGUGCAUUAUCACUAAAGAUACCCUGAACCUCAACAA